CUCCUUGCCAUUCCUUCAUUGUCAAAGACGACAUUCCUUCUUCUCCCUUCCACUCUUUCGCUAUUUUCGUCCACGUUUCCGCCUGAAAACCAGCGUGCAUGCUCAGUCGAACAGUCGCUCGGCUGUCUCUUCCAAUCCACCGCCUAACACGAUCUCUCUCCUCUUCUACCAUGGCAUAUUCUGCGUCACCCGCCACCAGUUCUCUGCAGGACCAAGCUGCUGCUGCUACUGCCACCGCAGCUGUCCCAGCUAGCCCAGCUUUCAAUACCAUCCUCGAGACCGUUGACUCCGCAACCAUCUCCUACCCUUCCUCAGACCUCGAAGACCCCACCCCAGACAUCUCUCAGCCCCACACACGCCACGUCCUCGAACAGGCUGCAAAAAUCCUUAGAGAUGGCCAAGUCGUAGGUAUGCCCACUGAGACCGUCUACGGCCUCGCUUCCAACGCCCUCGACUCUGCCGCCGCACAGCGCAUUUUCAAGGCGAAGAACCGGCCGCAGGACAAUCCUUUGAUCGUCCAUGUCUCAUCCCUAAAGAUGCUUCGAUCCAUGCUCAAGGACAACGAGAUUCCAGCCGUCUACUCGGAUCUGAUUCGCACCUACUGGCCAGGACCCUUGACUCUACUAUUCCCUCGAUCGAACUUGAUCCCGAAUGAAAUCACAUGUGGGCAGGCCACGGUCGCGGUCCGGUUUCCGUCCCACCCAAUCACUCGUGCGUUGAUCACAGCCUGCGAUCGUCCCCUGGCAGCACCCUCAGCCAACUCUUCAGGAAAGCCUUCGCCCACUUUGGCCUCGCAUGUGAUGGACGAUCUCAAGGGCAAAAUACCCAUGGUCAUUGACGGUGGUCAGUGCAGCUUUGGAAUCGAGUCGACGGUUGUGGAUGGAUUGAGGGUUCCUCCGGCAAUCUUGAGACCCGGCGGUGUAACAUUUGAGCAAAUUCGUCAGGUCAAGGGCAUGGAACAGAUUCAAGUCUAUCAGAAACAUUUUACAGAUGCGGCUAUGGAACAGGCACCUACAACGCCAGGAAUGAAGUAUAGGCAUUAUUCACCCGAGGCAGAGGUCGUCCUUGUGGAGUAUAUCAAGCCCGAGGAAGCAGCGAGUGGAGCAGGAUCAGGAUCAGAGUCGGGAUCAGGGUCUAGCACGGGACAGUACGCCCUUAUUAUGAAGGAGAUCGAAAGACUGAAGCAAGAGGGCAAGAAGCGUUUCGGUAUUCUCCGCACCUCGUUCACUUCGGCUCCACCAAGUACUAUCAGUAAAAGCGGCAACGGCGAGAGUUCACCAGCUCAGAGUAGCACCUCUUUGGACGACAGUGUAAUCGAGUUUCCGUUGGGUCAAGGAUCCAGGCCAGAUGAUGUUGCCCGUGAACUCUUCAGAGGACUCCGUUUCCUGGAUGGACAACACGUCGACUGUAUCUUUGUUGAGGGCAUCAGCGAAGUAGAAGAAGGCCUUGCAGUCAUGAACCGGCUGCGCAAGGCUGCAUCUAGAACAAUCUAUUCAGGACCUACAGUAUUCUUGUAAUUUCUGUGAUAUAAAAAAAAUCAAAAAUUCAAA